GGGGGAGGGGGGGGGGGGGAGAUGUAUCUGAGGUAUGAGAGCCGUUCAACUUUGGAUAUGAUCCCACUCCCACUCCACUACUCUCUCGAUGUUGCCUCUUUGCCGCAUGACGAAGGCAUGUAUAGAGUAGGAGGAGGAGGGAGGGAUGAUGAGACUUUUGAAUGAAAGAAUAUAACGCAAUAUUUGCGGCGGAAAAGGGAGCAAGCAAAGCAAACGCACAACGACGACGACGACGACACAUUACGAAAAGGGGCGUAGACCGGAGAGGCGUAUAUGCCCCUAAAAAGAAACCCUGGUAUUUGGAGGAGAGCCAGGGGGGGCCACCUCUGCUUGCGUAUACUCUCUCUCUCUCACUCUCUCAUACGUUCACUCUCUAUGCAGGCACUCUUCGCCUCUCUGAAUCGCUGAAUCACUGGAACUCACCCGACCAAAAGAUACCUUGUGUCUGUCGAUCCACACUUCACGAUGCAAAGGUUGAAAGUCAAAGUUGAUGAAUGAUGGAUAUGGAUUGGAUAUUUAGGACGGAGGGCGGGGGCGCGGGCGGGGUGGAGAGAAUGAGGGAAUGCGAGAGACAACUAGUCGGCAGCGCGUCUGUAGUUAUCCCGAUGGAAAAAGGUUUGGCUAAUAUUGGACUCUUGGGUGGUUGGCGGAAACCGAAUGUUGGCUUGAUUCGUACAAGAACCGCUUUCCCUUCUCUUCCUGCUAUGCUAGACUGUGUCCCACGGCGACUCGUGCACGCACGAGGUGUCGACUUUCCUCCACCAAGUUGUAGACUGUGUGCUUGGUCCGCUCCGUAUCCCCGAAUUGGCGAUUGGUUAAAUGAAUGGUUAUUAUGUUUAUUACUCCUUCUGGGGGACUUUGGACCCAAGAAGGGUCACGAUCUCUGCUUGCCGUGGAAUACCAAUUGGCACCUCUGCGGUGUAAGAGACGAACGAACGCAAAGCAAAGCAGAGCUAGCUAGCUCCGUGUCGAAAGGUGAAAGAUGGGUAUGUAUGGGAAUGGAAAGUAAUGACUCAACGAGCGAUUGAAUGGCGUGAGCAGAAUGGAGGAUGGAAAAGGUCGAGACAAGCGAAAAAAAAGAAGUCUGUACUGUGCCGUACAGAUGAGAGACGAUCGACAAAAAGGUAGAUCUCUUUCAAGCCGAUAUAGGAGCGAGCUUCAAUUCAAUGAUGGGCAAAGGGAAAACGUUAAAAACUAU